CCCAACACUUAUUUUGACAAUAUCUGUGGCACAUAUAUCCGAAGCUGGUCAUAACUUUCCGAAACAGCUCAGACUACGGGUGCUCCCGAAACUGAACUGUCCAAGCCUCCAGCAUUCCUUGUUGGUCGAUCGUCCAGAAUGUCAGACUUCCAGAGAUGGACGGUCUCCGAGCCGUACAUCGACAUAGCGGGCACUUUAUUGGAGGGUCCUUUUCAUGACGAGACUAGGAAUGAGUUUCGCUUUGUCGACAUAUGGGAGCAGAAGUUAUACGUUCUGAACCUUGCCGAGGGGCCAGACUCCUUGAGAAUUCUGAACACGUCGGCUUCCAUUGGAGUGACCGCCAACAUUGCCCACGCCGGAGAUCCCCGCAAGGACCAGAUCGUCGCAGCCGCCAAACAUGGAUUUGCCCUGAUUGAUCGCAACACGGGCGACCUGUCGUAUAUUCGCAAAGCAUGGGACGACCCGGACAUGGACCACAGGAUGCGUUUCAACGACGGAGCUGUCGACAGCCAUGGGCGAUUCUGGGCCGGGGCCAUGAACGACCCUAAGAUCCAGAAACCUACCAACGAGGGAGUUCUCUUCCGGCUAGAUCCUGACUUAAAACUCCAUCGGAUGGUUGAGCAGCUGACGAUACCUAACGGGAUCGGCUGGAAUCCUGCGGAUGACACCAUGUACUUGACCGACUCGCCUACUGGUAAAAUCUUUGCCUUCGACUUUGACGCCAAAACCGGGGCCAUCAGCAAUCGCAGAGUUUAUUUCGACAUUGGCGAACCUAAGGAGCCCGAUGGAUUCACUAUCGAUGAGGAAGGCUGCCUCUGGAGUGCCAUCUACGGCGGCGGGAAAAUCAUUCGCAUUUCACCGGAAGGCAAGGUGAUUGGCGAAGUGCUUCUGCCCACCCGAAACAUCACUUGUCCAACGUUUGUCGGGACCGAGCUCUUCAUCACGACUGCCAAGGAUGAUGUCAACGAUGAGCAGCUUCCGAAUUCUAUCCGGUACGGAGGAAGACUUUACCGCGUGGAUGUCGGGGUUAGAGGGAAGCCAAAGAAUCAAUUUCGCUUCCGGGACUAAUCUCAGCGGAUGAUCACCUAACUAUAACUUAGUAGUAGCAAUUAUACUUUGACUGGGAGCCGCUUCG